AAAGGACAGAAGAUUUUCAAAAACUAAUAAACAGUUGUGAAAACUUCGACCUUUUACUGAGAGGCAGAAGCGAGAGAGCGAGAGUGACGGUCUGGUUUGAACAAGCAGAUGCAGGUGGGUUACAAAUUGUUUCUCUCAAUUGAAAGUAAGAGCACCAUUUUGGAAUUUGGAUCUGCCACAUAAGGCCCGCAAAAAGGCAUUUUCUGGACUGUGUUUCGAAAUUUAACUUCGUAAUGAUCUGAUGGUUUCAUACUACUCAUUCCAGUAGAUCUUGCUUGUAAGGACUGUAGAACUCACACAGCGUGCAGUUUUGGUCAUGACUUUUGAUAAAUGGGCCAGUGGCGUCUGAAAUGAAAGAUUAUUUUAUAUUGCUGACUUCUGAUACUCGAUAACAUGGUGUUCAGUAAAUUAUCAAAGUUGUUUUCAUCUACAGCAUUGCAUUUGUCAAACCCAAAGGCUUCAGUUUCGUAUAAACCACCUGGUUUGCCUCCUAUUCCUGGUUCUCACCAUAACUUUACCUAUUCUAGCCCUAAGAAGGCUAAUUUGAGAUUUUCAUCAUCCCUUCAAGAUUUGUCCACUUAUUACCAAGUUGAUCCAGAAACUGGCCUCAGUCCAGGAUUAGAAAGUAGCCCAAGCCAUGCUGUACCACAAAAGUUUUUGCAGCAAGAAAAUGGCGCAUCAAGUUUUUCCAAAGAAAAGCCUGUUUCAUCAACAAGGAAAAGCUGUCUGCGAGUUUUCUAUGUUCUUUGUCUAUUGUUAUUUGCCUGUCUUUGUUUCGGUUCAGUAAUUUUGUACGCAAACUGGACUAGUGGAUCAUCCAAUUAUUAUGUGGUGCUCGACUGUGGGAGCACGGGGACCCGCGUUUACGUGUACCAGGCAUCCAUCAACGACAAAAAAGAUGACCAUUUUCCUAUUUUGGUAAAAUCGCUGCCCGAGAGUUUCAACAGUAAAUCCGGUUCUCAAAUAGGGCGUGCUUAUAACAGAAUGGAGACCGAGCCCGGAUUUGACAAAUUGGUACACAAUACAUCUGGUAUGAGAAAAGCCAUUAAGCCCCUCAUUAAAUGGGCCGAGAAGCAAAUACCGAAAAAGUCGCAUAAGUCAACCUCUCUCUUUCUAUAUGCUACAGCUGGAGUUCGCAGGCUACCGCCUGCAGACUCCAAUUGGCUUCUUGAUAAUGCGUGGUCGAUUUUAAAGACUUCUCAUUUUACGUGCAAAAGGGAGUGGGUAAAAACUAUCACGGGCAUGGAAGAAGCUUAUUACGGAUGGAUUUCUCUGAAUUAUCAUACGGGUGUUUUGGGGUCUAUCCCGAGGAAGGAAACAUAUGGUGCGCUCGACUUGGGUGGCUCAUCGUUGCAGGUCACUUUUGAAAAUAAUCUUAGUAGCCAUGAGGAAAGCAGCUUAAAGCUCAGCAUUGGAUCUGUAAACAAUCAACUGAGUGCUUAUUCUUUAUCUGGAUAUGGACUUAAUGACGCAUUCGAUAAAUCUGUGGCACACCUUGUUAAAAAUCUUCCUCACAUCAAUAAUGCAGAUUUAUUAACUGGAAAAACUGAAAUCGAACACCCAUGUUUGCAUACUGGUUACAAAGAGCACUACUCGUGUUCACAGUGUUCAUCCGUUGGGCUAAAAGAUGGAAACUCUCCUACAGAGGGGAAAAGCUUAAAUGAAAAAGGGAAAAAACAUGGGGUAUCUGUUAAGCUUAUAGGUAAGCCGAAAUGGGAUGAAUGUACUGCUCUUGCAAAAGUCGCUGUUAAUCUAUCCGAAUGGUCAAAUCUUGAGACGGGACUCGAUUGCGAGCUACAGCCAUGUGCCCUUGCUGAAGAUCUACCCCGUCCAAAGGGCCAAUUUUACGCUAUGUCUGGGUUUUAUGUUGUGUACCGUUUUUUCAACCUGACCCCAGUUGCCUCCUUGGACGAUGUCCUGGAAAAGGGCCGUGAAUUUUGCGAAAAGAAUUGGGAUGUUGCGAGAAAAAGUGUGGUCCCUCAGCCUUUUAUUGAGCAAUACUGCUUCAGGGCACCGUACAUUGCUCUUCUCCUUAGGGAAGGGUUGCAUAUUAGUGAUAGUAAUGUUAUUGUUGGCUCUGGUAGCAUCACAUGGACUCUUGGGGUGGCUUUGUUUGAGGCUGGGAAGGCUUUUUUUCCUCAUAGAUUUUACGGGUACCCAAUUUUUAUGGUUAGGAUGAGUCCAUUUGUUCUGCUUGGGGUUUUGUUUGCUUCGUUGUUUGUGUUGGUGUGUGCGCUUUCCUUCGUUGGCAAUUGGUGGGUACCCAAUAUUUUUCGGAGGGCGUAUAUCCCACUUUUCAGGCAUAACAGCGGGGCAACUAAUUCAGUGCUCAAUAUCCCGUCUCCUUUCAGAUUUCAGCGCUGGAGUCCUAUCAAUGCAGGUGAUGGAAGAGUUAAGAUGCCACUGAGCCCUACAGUUGCGGCCACUCCUCAACAAAGACCGUUUGAUAGCAGACUCAAUUUUGGUGGUGGGGGCAUUCAGUUUGCUGAAUCAUCAUCAUUUUACUCUUCAUCAAGUAGUGCAGCACAUAGUUAUUCGUCAGGCAGCUUAGGACAGAUGCAGCAGUUUGACCAUAAUGCCCUCGGUCCUUUUUGGACGCCCCACAGAGGCCAAAUGCGUCUCCAGAGUAGGAGAUCACAAUCUCGGGAGGAUCUCAAUUCUUCGCUUGCUGAGGCUCACUUGGCAAAGGUCUAAGGUUAUAUAAAGAUGUUUGGUUCUGGAAAAAAAAAAGAAAAAAAUCAGCAUUGACGGGGAUUAUGAGGCUUCCAACAAAAAAGAUCAGUGGUUAAACAUAAAAUAAUUUGCCAAUCACUCCCAAAAGAAACGAAAAUAAUACAAUCGAGAGGAAGCAGAUUAGUUAAGAUUUUGUGGUUUUGACAUAGAAGAAAGGUGACUGUUGUUAUCACCAAAGUUCUGUGAAGGCCUGAAAGCUCGAUUAACUUGUUAUUACAUGACAGGCCUAUCCACUGAAUUGAUUACUAGGCUUAGAGGAAUUUUGCAAAACUUGCUCGCGUAAUAUUUUUCGAUAUUUUUGUACAUAAGAGUAUGAUUAUUAAUUGAUGCAUUCUUUAUUCCCAUAUUUGAUGUCAGUAAUUGGCUGGUUCACCGAAAGGUGUUGUGAGUUCUCACUUUGCUACUGUCAAUGAUGUUGAAACACAAAUUGCUUUGAAGAAUAUGAAUUGUUGUAGUGCGCGUGUUUGUGUGUUUUAACACUAAAUUUCAAUCUGCAUCAAAG